AAUCUCUCUCUCUCUCUCUCUCUCACACACACACACACAGACACGUCAUAGAAUCAAUUCGCCGGAGAGAUGGCAACUGCCACCGUGGUGGUGGCCGACAACGGCAAUGCGCGGACGGAGGAAUCCGCUUUGAUAUUUCUCGGCACCGGUUGUUCGAGUGCAGUUCCUAACGCCUUGUGCUUGAUCCAGCCUUCAGAUCCUCCCUGCCCCACCUGCUCCCAAUCUCUAACCCUUCCGCCUGAUCAAAACCCUAAUUACAGGUGCAAUACAUCUCUCUUGAUUGAUUACUUUGGCAGCGAGGGAAAACAUAAGUAUAUUUUGAUAGAUGUUGGGAAGACUUUCAGGGAGCAAGUACUCCGAUGGUUCACUUUUCAUAAAAUCCCUCAAGUAGAUUCAAUUAUAUUAACUCAUGAACACGCUGAUGCUGUUCUUGGUUUGGAUGAUAUACGUGCUGUGCAACCUUUUAGUCCAACUAAUGACAUUAACCCGACUCCCGUCUACCUUACUCAAGAUUCAAUGGAAAGCAUUGCAGUGAAAUUCCCUUACUUGGUUCAGAAAAAGCUAAAGCCUGGCCAGGAAGUUAGACGUGUAACACAACUUGACUGGAAAAAUAUAGAGAGUGAUUUGACAAAGCCAUUCAUGGCAUCUGGAUUGCAGUUUGUUCCUCUCCCAGUGAUGCAUGGUGAAGACUAUGUGUGCUUAGGUUUUCUCUUUGGCCAAAGAUAUAAAGUAGCUUAUAUAUCAGAUGUUUCACGCUUUCUUCCAUCUACAGAAAACUAUAUUUCAAAAGAUGGUGGUCAACAGUUAGAUCUUCUUAUCUUGGACACUCUGUAUAAGAAAGCAUCCCACAACACUCACUUAUGCUUUCCUCAGACUCUUGAUGCCUUGAAGAGGAUACAUCCAAAGAGAGCCUUGCUUAUUGGAAUGACCCAUGAGUUUGAUCACCAUAAAGACAACGAAUUUCUCAAGGACUGGUCUGAAAGAGAAGGAAUUCCGGUUCAGCUUGCACACGACGGACUGCGAAUCCCUGUAGACUUGUAAUGAGGAAGGUCGAAUAAACUGCUUGUAUGAGAAUGACUGAGGAGACUUUCUUGGUUUAACUGAAUAUACUUGAUCUUCUAGCAGCAUGCACUGAGUUUGAAACUCCAAUUUGUAAACUCAAUACCAUUUUUUUUUCAAAAUUUCAGCACACAUACAACUGUGAUCAAAUUACAGAUCCUCUAUACCAAAUGCAUUUUGUUGUUUUAAUAUACA